AGUCCCUCUUGUUCCUCCUUAUAUCGCACGGGAAAAAGGUUUUCUUGGACGCGGUUUUGGACAGUGGACACGCUGGACGCGGAGCAGGAUCCACGCAGGAGGCACAAACCGGACACCGUGUUCUUCAUUUGCGGGUUUAACACUAUGGAACCAGCCUUCGGUGAAGUGAACCAGCUCGGCGGUGUUUUCGUGAACGGCAGGCCGCUCCCCAACGCCAUCCGGCUCCGGAUCGUGGAGCUGGCGCAGCUCGGGAUUCGACCCUGUGACAUUAGCCGGCAGCUGCGCGUCUCUCACGGCUGCGUCAGUAAGAUCCUAGCCCGCUACAACGAGACCGGUUCCAUCCUCCCGGGCGCCAUCGGAGGCAGCAAGCCGAGGGUCACCACGCCCACCGUGGUCAAGCACAUACGGACAUACAAGCAGAGAGACCCGGGGAUUUUUGCCUGGGAGAUCCGGGACAGACUACUCGCCGACGGGGUAUGCGAUAAAUUCAACCUCCCCUCCGUGAGCUCCAUCAGUCGGAUCCUGCGCAACAAGAUCGGGAAUCUGUCCCAGCAGGGUCAGUACGAGUCUGGGAAGCAGGCGCCUCAUCCGCCGCCACAGCCAACGUUACCCUACAACCACUUAUACUCGUACCAGACAUCCAAAGUGCCCACUCCCCCUGGCAUGCCCACGCUUCCCGGACACAUGGCCAUGCACAGGAUAUGGCCUUCCUCGCACUCUGUGACUGAUAUUCUGGGGAUUCGGUCUAUUACAGAGCAACAAAACGCCGAGUGGCUUGCCCACAGUGAACAGCUAUGUCACAGCGCCCAGCAUGCCUCCCUACCACCCUCCCACCCAAGUGUCACCCUACACGGGGUGCAGCGCCACCACGUCGGCCUAUGCGACCGGAGCCACAUGGCAGCCGGCCAGUGGCAGUGCUCCAUCGCCCCACAGCUGUGA